GAACAUUACAGCAGCGGUGAUGGAAGGCAAGGAGAAGUGGGGGAUUCUCUACAAAGGAAAGAUCAUACCGGUGAGCGACUCAACCAUUCGGUGGAUAAGGCAAGACCCAACAGAGGUGUGGGGCUGGUUCGAAACAGAGCUGAUGGUGGCAUGGAAGAACAUUUUUCCUCUAACGGAGAGAAGCAAGCAGCUGGGUUACUUGCCUUUGAAGGACGAGGCGUGGAUUACAACGCCGAACCCAUGGUGGAGGUUUUUGACGGAUCGGCCUCCAGUACCGAGCAUUCCGAUGACAAACUCAGGGCCAUCAGCAACAAGAUCCGUAAUGCAGAACUCGGAAAAAAUUCUAUUGGAAGCAGAAGCGAUGUUGACGGAGGCAGUGAUUUCAGAAACGAAGAAAUUGAUCAACUUCCCGGUAGAAUGCUUGUUGAUGGGCAGCCUUCACAGGGUGAAAAUGAUCCAGUUUGCCGAACCCAGAUUCAGCGGAACGGUUGUAGUCAAGGCAACACAAGGGGACUUGGGAAUAAUCAUGCACUCAGUGACUCUAAUCAAGGGGAUUUGGGAGUCGAGGAAAGAGAUGUUGGAGGUAUGGAGAUUGAGAAACACUGAUGUUUCUUCUUCUCUGGCUCACGAGGAUGUUGUCUCUACUCCUUCUAAAAUGAUGAACAUACUGAUUUGGAACUGUAGAGGUGCUAUGAAACCUCAAUUCAGGAAGACGGUCAUGGAUUUGGUGGAAUGGCAUGCUCCAAUCCUUAUGGUGAUCACUGAAACCAGGAUGAGUGGUGCUAGAGCAGAUGAGAUCAUUGAAUCUCUUCCUUUUGAUGGGCAUGCAGUGGCUGACACCAUUGGAUUUGCUGGAGGAAUAUGGUUGCUGUGGCGCUCAGACUUGGUGAAUGUGGAUGUUCUGGCAGCAACAGAGCAAGAGAUCCACGCUUUGAUACGGGAACCUUGUGAAGGAGUUCCCCAACAUGCAGAUAAAGCACAUAUAUAGGGAGGCCAACUAAUGUGCGGAUGCAAUGGCCAAAAUGGGCGCAAACAAUGUAAACUCUUUUGUUGUUUUUUUGAAUACACCGCCUGUGGUGGAAAGAAUCCUAGCUAAUGAUAAAGCUAGCUUGUGUUGUAACAAACUUGUUUGUUCCUAGUUUUUAUGAAAUUUCCUUAUUGACCAAAAAAA